AUGGCUCCAACGAUACCGGAAGAAGGGUCAGAAACCCCAGAACCAUUCCAUCCUCGGCGCCCAUCUAUGACUGAAACACCAGAGACCCUCCGCAACCAGGGCAUCAAAGAAACCCCCCGACCAUUGGACUUCAACUACCCAGCUAUUGGACAUGAGUCGGACCCUGUCUUCCCUGAGGAGUACACUGUUGAAACAAGUACUGGUCUUGUUCCCCAAAGAACCCUGGAGCAGAUCCGAUCCCGUGGUUCUACCCCAUCCACAAAAGUUGGCACCCCAGCAAAUGAGGCCGACACCGACAUUGAAAAAGGAGGAAAGGAACCCGCGCAGUUUGUAACAUUCACCAUCGGUGAUCCUGAACACCCCCACAAUUGGUCUCGCACCUAUCGCUGGUACAUCACUCUUGUCGCCUCAGCACUCGUGGUGUGUGUCGCAUUCGGUUCCUCCAUCGUCACCGGAGGACUAGGUCUGAUCGAAGAAAAAUACAAUGUCUCUCUCGAAGUUGCAAUCCUGACAUGUUCAAUCAUGGUCUGUGGAUUCGCUGUUGGUCCUCUACUCUGGUCUCCCCUCUCUGAGAUCAUCGGCCGGCGGCCUGUGUACAUCAUCUCUCUCAGUUUAUAUGUCAUCUUCAACAUCCCAUGCGCUCUGUCCCCAAACAUAGGUGGCCUGCUCGUCUGCCGAUUCCUAUGUGGCGUCUUCUCUAGUUCAGGCCUUUCACUCGCUGGUGGUACCAUCGCCGAUGUCUGGAACAUUGAGGAGCGCGGAAUGGCCAUUGCUUACUUUGCUGCUGCACCGUACUGUGGCCCUGUGCUUGGUCCGAUUGUGACAGGUUGGAUCAACGUCGGUAGUGGCCGCCUCGACCUCUUCUUCUGGGUGAACCUAGCCUUCGCCGGUGCCAUAACUAUCAUGAUUGGCCUUAUCCCGGAGACGUAUGCUCCAAUCAUUCUUAAGCGCCGCGCCGCAAAACUCCGCAAAGAAACCGGAGACCCAACCAUCAUCACCGAGCAAGAAAAGACCAAGCUCACGUUCCGAGAAAUCGCUCGCACAAGUCUGAUCCGACCCAUUACUAUGAUCAUGACUGAGCCUGUCCUCGACCUCAUGUGCAUGUAUAUUGUCCUGAUCUACGCAAUGCUCUACGCCUUCUUCUUCGCAUACCCGGUGAUCUUCACCGAACUCCAUGGCUACAACGACGGCCAGAUCGGACUUAUGUUCAUUCCCAUUCUGAUCGGCGCCGGAUUUGCCUUAGUUAUCACUCCAGCCAUUGAGAACAAGUUUCGAAAAAUCUGCAGCAUGCGGCCUCCAACACCAGAGGACCGACUCCACGCAGCCUUGAUUGGCGCACCUUUUAUCCCGAUCGCCUUCUUCAUCUUGGGUGCUACUUCCUACAAGCAUAUUAUCUGGGUUGGACCUGCUUCGUCGGGAAUUGCCUUUGGCUUUGGCAUGGUGCUAUGCUACUAUGCAGUGAAUAACUACAUCAUCGACUCGUACCAGAAGUACGCUGCAUCAGCUUUAGCAGCCAAGGUCUUCCUGCGCUCUGGUGGUGGAGCCGCUUUCCCGUUAUUCACUACACAGAUGUAUCAUCGCCUUGGAUUGCAGUGGGCUUCUUGGCUGCUUGCUUUUAUUGGGGUUGCCAUGGUUUUCAUUCCGUAUAUCUUCUACUUCUUUGGGGCGGGACUGCGUGCAAGACUUACCCGGAACUAG